AUGCUAAAAUCACUAUCUGUGUCCUCGUAUGAUUCAGUAGAAGACGAUGAAGAUAAGGAGAGUGUGGAUCAAGUGAACCUCGUGCUUGAAAUGACUGCAACGUUUGAUGCUGACGGCUUUCAAUUGCCAUCUAAAGUGACACGAACCGAGGUAGAGCGUAUUGUUCAAUCUUGUGGUGGCGAUGUUUCAAGAGCAGUGGACGAUGUACUGAGUCUCGUAGCCAUUAAAACGCUGAGUCAGCAGGACCAGCAAACACUUGAAAAAAAGCGUCAAGGAAGUGCCAAACUGCAUCUUACUGAGCUCUGUAGCGGCUUGGGAUUGAGCGAAGACACAUCGUUUGUUGCAGCACUGCAACAACUGCCAGAAAGUGAGCAGGAUGACCUACUUGCCACCAAUGGGGCAUUCAUACAGCAGCUUCUUUUGAGUCUGGACGAGGAGGAAGAAAGUGGAGACAGUAGUGAAGAAGAGGAUGUCCAUCCGCUGCAGUAUUUGCUGGAUAUGUACCCGGACUAUAAGGUUGACGUGGUAGAGGAUGUGCUGGACAGUCACAACUACGACGUGGACAAGGCUGCGGACGCGCUGUACAAUUUGCGGGCGUUGAAUCAUGUGCAAAGUUAUGCUACAAUCGUAAAUGCGAAUGUACGGGCUACCGCGGAACAACAGGAGUUGGUCAUGAACGGGCCCGAAGUGGAAUCGUUGGGACAGUUUCCUAAAUUGGGGACCAAGAGCAAGACCCAACGAAAGAAGUUUAAGAGACAGCAACGUAGACAACCGAAAAUGCAACAGACACCACAUCAAAGACCGCCACCGAAACCAUUACCUCUGCCAGUAGCGUACCCUAUGCUACCGGCAGGUAAAUGCAUGAGGAAGGGUAAUGGUACGGCUGUGGUCAAUGUGUGGGAUAACCAGCCCUCGAACCAUGACCGUUCGGGGUCAAGCAUUACGACUCAGCUUAAGCUUGAACGACUUAAAAAGCUACUGCCGAGCGUUGAAAGCAGUGUCAUUCAGGCUACAUUUGUCCUAAACGGGUAUAGCUCCGAUGCCACCGAGGCAGCAUUACGUGAAGUAUACAACUUGCCUUUGGUUGAAAAGCAACUACCACUACCGUUUGGGACGGAGGAAGCGGAAGUGGCAGCUGAUGCUGAGGAGGAGAUAGAUGUUGCCCAAAGUAUUCGUCCAUCGUGCCGGGGUAGCCGCACGGAGGGCUGGACCGUCGUGUCUAGCAAGCAAAAAGUCAACGCGGCGAGAGAAAAACUAAGUGAUCGCUACUGUGACGUCCUAGCUUCGUUCAGGCGCGGUCAACAUGUUCUUGCUGUCGACCGCAUUCGAGAAUUAAGCAACGCACGUCGUGAACACCGAGAUGCUCAACGUCAGUGGGCGCACGAUUACUUUCUGGCACACGAAGAUCAUUUGAAGCACCAGCGACCGAUCGAUCUGCACGGUAUGAUUGUGAUGGAGGCCCUUUGGGUCGCUCGCGAAGCUAUCGAGUAUUGCCAAGCGCGCCGAAUUCGUCGGUGCUUGUUGAUCUGCGGUAUCGGUAGUCACUCUGUCAACGGCAAACCACGUAUUCUGACGGCACUUCAGCUGUCAUUGAACCGGCGUCAGAUUGCAUUCCGUGAGCUCAACGGCUUGGUGACGGUGUUUCCACUCCGUUCGACGUAG